AUGAAAGUCGCCCUGGGCGAACAAACACCAUUGCUGCUCCAACUUCGUCUGACGGGCUGUCUCGUCUUGUGCGAUUCUCUUCUUCCUUACAGUCGUUUAAUACCAUACUCUCGUUAGGACCCCUCCUUCCCCGCGACUUUAGUGUUUCGAGACUGCGUUGCGCCACUGUUUCCACGUCAACCGUACCCUCACCCAAUUCACAGCCAUUAGCUGAGAAGACACUCGCUCCUGACCUGCAUCUGCUGCACCUCCUUCGUUGGACACCUCCUCUACCCAAGGAAGGGGCGAACAGCCUCCGCCCGCAACCAUGAGUUUUGUCAACAACUCGCGCAUGUCCGUCUACUCGACGACGUCGGCUUCGGCGUCUCGUCCUGUCAACUCGCAGAUCACAGCCCAGUCGCUGCUGAACACGCUCAAGGUCGCCCACAAGCAGGCCCAGCCAUACACACUCGAGGCCAGCACCAGUCUGGUCGUCAACACCUGGGCCAAUGCGAGCACCCUUGUGAACGAUCGCAUUGGCGGCACCGUCGACUUGGAGCUGGGACGCAAGGCCUGGGAGCACGCGCGACGACGGGCUGAGGACGGCUGCAUCGUGCUUGGUUCCCUGCACGACUCGACGCCUUCGCUGUUUUCGCCUUUUGUCUCUAGCCUACCCCUGUCCCUUCCAGGCAACUUUUACACAGCCCUCGAGGCCCUCAAGGCCUUCACCCAGUGUGUGACGCCCCACAACCCCUCCGCCCCGCGCUAUUCGGCCUUGGCUGCCGUCUUCACUAUCGUGACAGGAACCGGCACCCUUUCGGGAGCCGAGAUCAAGCUGUCUACCGCUGGACUCGAUGUAAAGCAAGGCCUGCUACAAGUUCCCGCACACCCCGGCUUCCGUGCAUUCGACGUCUUCUACUAUUUGAACUCCAGCACCGCCACCAGGCAGGAAAGAGAAUUCUUGGACAUUCAGCCACUCAGCACAUACUCGCUACUUAGUCGGUCCGGCACCUAUGACCCUCCUGCAUACCUUCCCGACGUCGACGAUGCAGCGGCAGCCGAGGAUUUCCGCGCCAACCUCAAGGCUAUCGGCAUCAAAGGGCACAAGCUGCUUAACCUUCUCAGCUGUCUCACCGGAUUGCUCAAGCUAGGCAAUACUGUCGACUAUUUCAUGGACGAGGAGACUUUGACCUCAUUCUGCCAGGAUAGCGGUAACCUGCUGGACAUCUCCCCAGAGAUCUUGCAGACGAAGCUCGGCUCGAAUGAGCGUGAGAUUGCCAUUGGCGGGAUCUACGAGGCCAUCGUUGACUAUGUGAUCGCACACGCAAACGCAACCAUCAAGAACGACAUCCAAAACGCUCGAAAUGGAUUCUCAUCCACCGACAGUGACGCCGGUCACCCUGGCAUGUUGACACCAAACACCGAGGACGACGCUGGUGAUAUCGUCAACAUUACGGUUGUAGAAAUUCCCGAUCGCGCUCUAGGCAAGGCCAUUGCUCUCCGAACCGUGUUUGAUGACUCCGAGGGCAUCAACUCCGAGAUGAAAGAGGAUGGAGUACCCGUGGCCGUAGCCAGUAACUCUGUACUUGAAAGUAUGCGAGAGGCCUUGACACAUUGUCAGGCUGACCUCGGUAUCAACAGUCCAGCACUGCAUGCGAGGGAUGCAGAUCUCGAGAAGCGCGAGGCUAUACUCGACAAACUUGCAUUGGAUCUUCCCGAUGAUGACCAUUUCGUCAAGCAACUGCUCUACCCCGUGCAAGGCCGCGGUAUAGAACUCGGGAAAUAUGGUCGUUUCGAUUUACCCAUGACUGUAGCCAGUAGCAGAGUUUGGUUCCAGCUUGCGCUCCAUCCCACUGAAGUCAUUCCUACUUCAAUCGAGCAAGAUCCCAGCACAACAUGGCUAACGGGAGCUGUGUCUCGACAAGUUCGGGAGUGGCGCCUCCACGAGUGGGCCAACCGCCGCAAUCGGGCUUUGGAUUUCACUGCCGAUUUCGACCAUCACGAAUUCUAUGAGCGUUACAAGGCGCUAGGCUGCCUGGACGGCAAGGAUGGUAUUCAAAAUUGGACUCUCCAGCGCGGCUGGAGCAACGGCGAAGUCAUCGUCGGUCAUGAGCGGGUAUGGAUUCGAGAGGGUACAUGGUGGGAGGUGGAAUCUCAACUCGAUCACAAGGAUGAGCUUGGUGGUUCCCCGAAUAUGCUCGGAAACAUGAUUGGAGCUGCUGGCAUCGAAAGCGGUUACUCCACUCAAGCACCAUCAAGUAGCGGCUUCUUCCCACCUAUCCCUGAAAUGGCUCCCCAGGCCGUCCAAAAUCCUUUCCAGAGUACGGCCAGUCUGGUUCCCCCUACCGCUGCAGACGCCAAAUCGUUAGCCCCCACUACAGCCACUGUUCCAGUACCAGGUCGUGGUGAUUACGGUCUUGGUGGUAAAGGAGAUGAAACAAAAGGCAUAUCCUACUACGACGCAGAAACAGGAGGUAACUUUAUGGUCACCGAAACGCCCAUCACCUUCACUCGUAGGAUGUGGGUCGCGUUUGUCUGGGCUGUAACCUUCUGGGCUCCCUCGCCUCUUUUAAAGGUUCUGGGCCGUAUGAAGCGACCAGAUGUUCGUAUGGCAUGGCGAGAAAAGUUCGUACUAUGCCUACUCAUCUUGCUGCUCAACUCUGCCAUUGUCUUCUACAUUGUCGGUUUCGGCAAGCUUCUGUGUCCGAACAAAGACAAAGUCUGGAGUCGAACAGAAGUAUCACAACACCAGGGCGAGGACGACUUCUAUGUCAGUCACCAUGGAAUUGUGUACGAUCUCACCCACUUUUGGAGGAAGCAACACAGCGAUUCGAAUCUCGAAGUUACCAACGAACUCAUGCUAGAGGUGGCUGGUGCCGAUAUGGACCCUUACAUCCCAGCGCCGCUCUACCUUGCGUGCCCUAACUUGAUCACCGAUACAGCCCGAAACCGCCUACUCCAGUUGACUUUCAAUACCACUGUCGACGUUUCGCAGGCUGAGCACAAGUCUGGUGGUAUUGCGACAUUAACAGACAGCGACGCACUUUCGGCGGAGGACUGGUAUCCCAAUGUCUUUCUGCCUGCCAUCCGCGAGUUCAGAAAGGGAGAUCUUGUGUGGAAGACGUCGACCAUCAAGAACGAAGGCGCGGAUGAGAACCAUAUGUGGUUCUACCUUGGUGAAAAGGUUUACGACCUGACGGACUACUUCAAGACACUGGACACUAUGAACAACCUCGAGGAGUAUCAGUUCCUCGACGAUACUUUGGUCGAUCUGGUACAGAGCAACGCCGGCACAGAUCUUUCCAACGACUUCAAAAACAAGUUGAAUACUACCGCCCAGGCCUACAACCUUCAAUGUUUGGAUAAUGUGUUCUACAUUGGCAAAACGGACUUCCGCGACACCGCCAAGUGCAAAGUCAAUGACUACAUUCUGCUCACUUUCACCAUCAUGCUAUGCUCCGUCAUUGUCAUCAAGUUCUUGGCUGCGCUUCAGCUGGGUUCGAAGAAGCGCCCAGCAAACCAAGAUAAGUUUGUCAUCUGCCAGGUGCCUGCCUACACCGAAGGUGAGGAUCAUAUCCGAAAGGGUCUUGAUUCUCUGACUGCACUUGCCUACGACAACAAACGCAAACUUAUCUGUGUCAUCUGUGACGGAAUGAUUGUCGGUGGCGGCAACGACCGUCCCACACCCAAGAUUGUGCUGGAUAUCCUCGGCGUGGACCCCAAGGUCGAUCCUCCUGCCCUCCCGUUCUGGUCCGUUGGUGAGGGAAGCGAACAACUCAAUUACGGAAAAGUCUACUCAGGUUUGUAUGAGUUCGAGGGCAACGUGGUUCCGUAUCUUGUUGUUGUCAAGAUGGGCAAAGAGUCCGAACAACACAAGUCCAAGCCUGGUAACCGAGGAAAACGUGACUCUCAGAUCUUGCUUAUGAGCUUCCUCAAUCGUGUUCACUUCCGCUCAGCCAUGAACCCUCUGGAGUUGGAAAUGUUCCAUCAGAUCAACAACAUCAUCGGUGUGGACCCCGAACUUUACGAGUAUCUUCUUAUGGUCGAUGCCGAUACCAUGGUCAGGCCUGAUUCUCUGAACCGUCUCGUGGCAAGCUGCGCCAGCGACUCCAAGAUUGCCGGUAUCUGUGGCGAAACCAGUUUGGAGAAUGAGGGCAAGUCUUGGUGGACUAUGAUCCAAGUCUACGAAUACUACAUUUCCCAUCAUUUGGCAAAGGCUUUCGAGAGUUUGUUCGGCAGUGUCACCUGCUUGCCCGGAUGUUUCUGCAUGUAUCGCUUGCGAACAGCCGACAAGGGCAAGCCUCUCAUUAUCGCAGAUAUCGUCAUCAAGGAAUAUGCCGACUGUGCUAUAGACACAUUGCACAAGAAGAACCUACUCUCCCUUGGUGAGGAUCGUUACUUGACAACCUUGAUGACGAAGCACUUCCCCAAGAUGUCGUACAAGUUCAUCCCGGAUGCAUAUGCGCUUACAGCUGCUCCCGAGUCAUGGAGUAUCCUGCUUUCCCAGAGACGCCGAUGGAUCAACUCCACCAUCCACAACCUAGCUGAACUCGUCUUUCUCAAGGACCUUUGCGGUUUCUGCUGCUUUUCCAUGCGCUUCAUUGUCUUUAUCGAUCUUUUCGGAACCCUCUGUCUGCCAUCUAUCUGCGCAUACCUCGUAUAUCUGAUCUACACGGUUUCGUCUGGAAAGGGCCAAUUCCCGCUGUUCUCGAUCGUUAUGCUUGCCGCUGUCUAUGGUCUCCAAGCUCUCAUCUUUAUCAUCAAGCGGCAGUGGCAGCACAUCGGCUGGAUGAUCAUUUACCUCCUGGCGUUCCCGAUUCAGAACUUGAUUCUACCGGUUUACUCCUUCUGGAAACAGGAUGACUUCUCAUGGGGUAACACACGUGUGGUUAUUGAAGAAAAGGGUAACAAAAAGGCGGUGAUGACGGACGAUGAAGGCUUUGAUCCAAAGUCUAUUCCUAUGAUGCGCUGGGACGAUUAUGCGGAGCGCAAUGACCUUCCUGGGCGUCGCGGUCUCCCUGGCCAGACUUCGGAGAAGGGCGGCUUCAGCGCAUACGAGGACGAGGCUUACGAGAUGAACGACAUGCAAUCCGUCUACUCGUCGGUCAAGCCAGCCUCGACAAUCAUGUCCAACAUGCAUCACAUCUCUCACAUGCCACCCCGAUCGCCAGGCCCAUACCAGGGAAUGCAAGCUCGCCAGUCGACGUACUCGAACCUCACCCGCUACCAAGACAACCCACACGACAGUCGUCUCAUGUCCAUGGGAGGAAUGAGUGAUCACUACAAUACUUCGCCAUAUGGAGCCCGAUCGAACGUUGGUGGCUUCCAGAGCUCGGACAACCUCAUGACGUCGACGCCACCUAUUCGCGGACGCAGCCCACUUGGUUACACGCAGUCACGUCCUGGCAGCACCGUCAACUUCCAGAACAUGAUGAACGGACCCAGCGAUGCGACCAUUGUCGAAGUGGUACAGCAGUGUCUUGGUGAGGCUGAUCUCGAUCGCCUGACUAAGAAGCAGCUUGUUGCGCUCGCGGAGCAGCGACUUCAGGUGCAGCUUACUGGUGAGAGGAAGAUCUUCCUUAACCAGACCAUCGACAACCAACUUGCUUCUAUGGGUUAGACGGGCUGUGCGGUACGGUUCUUCGGUUUGUUGCAUUGGUGGUGUUGAUUGUAUAUUUUGACAUGUCUGGUCACCCUUCAGCUUUGCUUUGAGAUGUUACAAGUCCCGCUAUUUAUAUUUUCAAUCAUUCUCUCGCAUUUGGCGCAAUAUUGUGGAAAACUUUGGAGUUUGGGACCUUUGCAACGGGUGAGUUGCUGGGUCAGGCGCUUCGGGACAUGUUUGGCCUCGUAGAGAUUUAGUCGAAAUUGUAGCGAUAAUGCGAUGGAUUGAAUACACGUACACUUGC